AUGGAGAAAGAUGCGGUGCUGGUGUGCAUGGUCCUGGGCUUUCUGGGCUCCGUCGCGGUCACCCUCGGCUUCGUCGCCAACAACUACAGCUCCAAGGCAUGGAUCCAAGAUCGAACAUCACAAUUCUCUUUUCAUCAAUUCGAUAGAUCUGUGCUAACUAAGUAUAUGUUAGUCUGUGCAGUACAACGGGACGAACUGCGUGUACCGGAGCCCGCCGGCGACGGAUCUCGGCAUCCUGGGGGUGUUCCUGGUGUUCAUCAACCAGGACUGCAUCCUCGUGACAGGGUUUGUCGGAACCGCCAUCGCUUUAGGGUGCUUCUCCGGCGCCGCCAUCAUCACCAAGCGCAGGUAGUACCUGUACCUCGGUAA